AUGGCCACACUACCAUUGAAAGUUCGAAUUUGUUCAGGUAGAUUAUUCCAUAAAUACGUUAUUCUAUUAAAAUAAGUUGCCCUAAAAUGUUCUGUUCUGCAUUUAGGGGUUUUCAAUUUCCCCUGGGCAGUUGAUCGUAAUCUUGUGUCUGAGCAGAAUUCAACGUAGGAGUCAACAUUACAGUUAUAUCAACCUUGUUUCAUCCUGUAAAAGGUGGUUAAAUCCUUCAACUCUCGACGGUGUAAAAGAGGAGGAACAUCAAACUGUUGGAGACGUUCCACAUAUUCCAAUUCAGGCAACAAGAUCUCGAAAACACAAAUGUUAUCUCGUACACUAUCUCGUACACUUUCUAAAUCGACCAGUUGCGGGUUUCAAUUAAAAAAAUAUGUAUAACACGGCGCACUAGGGAUUUAUUUUAAAUUAGGCUACUACAUCAUGUCUUGUUUGAGUACGGCAAUCAGUUCGCUUGCGUUUCGGAUAUUUCGCCCACACUUACAAACUUGGUUGGAUAGUUCCGAGGUAGAACUAACUUCGAUUCCUAAAUGAACUGAACACAAUUCGGCUUAUUUCGGCGACGGUUUUGCCACUGUUGUAAUCGUUUCUUUAGCUUGCCUUAAAUACAUUUUUAAAAAAUUCACCGACGAUAUACCUUGUAUUCAUUUUGUCCAGGUUAUGCCACAACAAUCUGCAAAGCACAAGGCCAAACUCUUGAUAAAGCAGUUGUAUGGUUUGACAUAGACAACAUUCCACCUGGUACAGCAUAUGUUUCUUUCACAAGAGUGAGAUCGCGCAAUGACAUUUAUUUCAUGGCAAAGCUUGAACCUUGUUUUUUUUACUCCAGUAACACAAUUGAGUCAAUUAGCAUAAAGUUUGUUUGUCGUUCCUUCAAAUAUUAAUAAUUUUACACGUUUUUGCCCGUUGCUUCAACAUCAUGCAAAACCUGUCAGAUAAACGAAGUUGAAAAUAAACAAAAUUCAUUCACUUACCAUUUGCUUCUACCAUAUUUUCAAAACCGUAUCAUAAAUUUGGCUAUAACUAACACAUUUACUUCAAUGCCAUAAGUGUAUUUCUGUUCACGCAAUAUUUAGAAUUUUUUUUUGCAUCUUUUUUAGAUGUAUUCAGCCAAAAAACAAAUCAAAUCAAACUAACCAGGUCAACUGCUGUAAAUUAUUUCAGACAUUUUCCCACCAGCUUCCUAAAGCCGUAUGGAAUGGUCGAUGAGGCACCUUCACAAGAAGUUGUUAUGCGUCGUCUUUCGUCUAUCAACUGCGAAUGGCUUCGCAGGCCACAGACUGGCGUAAGCGAAUUCGCAGAAACAAUGGAAAAAAUUUGGAAUUCCUCAGUGAAAAUCAUUCUUCUUAUGUCAAGCAAAGUAGCUCCAAGACCAUCAAAGAUAACCUUGGUAAUUUUACGGAUCUGGUGAAAAAACUAAACACAAAAAACGCCGAUCAGGAACCUGCAACCACAGAAGACAUGAAGCAAUUCCUUAAAGCCAUGCUCACGGAAAAUGAAGCAGUCGACAAGUUCUUCCAAGACAUGACGAAAUUUGGAGGUGCAAUGUAUUUCCUUGGCACCCAUUAUACAGUGAACAAGACACUUUUAAAUAACCCAGAUGCAUAUGCAUCUAAAGGGCUCGAAACAUUCUGUCCAGAGAUGACAGAAUUCAAAGCAAAUCCGACUGUAAAAGGCAUCCGAACCCUACUUACGAAGACAUGUACGACAAGUGCCGCAGUAACACAUCAUGGUGUAAAAAGAAACUUUCCCUAGAGCAAAAGAGGUGAAAAAAGCUGUCAGGUCGGUAAUGGAACCGAAUGAGGAAUUGUAUUCAAUUCUUCAGUCUGCAUAUAUAACUGGCAGCAAUUUAGCCACCACACUUAGCAUCCAAGUGCAACUUGCUAGAACAUUGUUUCAGAAUCCUACAGAAUAAUAUUAUCCAAGACUGGUCUAGGGUUCUGAUGAGUCGGACAAAGAGUUUAAAAUUCAUCAGGACUUUAACACAAUGAAAUCUUUCCUUAUAAACACGUGCCUAGGCGAAAAAGUAGGUUCAAAACCUCAAGCAAGCGCAAAACGCUCAAUACUUGAACUGUAUGACAGUUCCGAAGAUGAAUUGAACCAGGAAGCGCCGAAGAAAAAACAUUUCCCGUUGUACUUCAAUAUCCUAAUUAUACCAUCAUUGCUUAUGUUAACAGGUUCUUUACACGCUCUGAUAUUCAUGUAAAGCGUCCAGCCAUCAUGUAUUCAUUCAUUCAUGUAAAGCGUCUAGCCAUCAAGGAUGCAGUUGGUGAUAGAGAUAAAACGAGCAGAGGGAUUGUCUGCAAAAUCCGUUCAGCAGAUAAAGAUUGGGUUAUGGAGAUCUCUGAUAUUUUCCAAGUUGGACCAGUUGAUGGUAAAUAUUUCAUUUUUGUGAAUGGCAAGUAUUUCAUCCGAAUCCUGAACAAUGGAAAUGUUAUCUACCAUCCUUGGACACAGACACCACAACUCACUGCAAGGAACUAUGUCCUUAAGGGACAGUGUUCAGCCAAAAUGUAGAAUUAGGAGAAAGGUUAUGAUAGAUCCUGAACAUUCUGAUUCCAUCAUUCUAUCUUUGAGUGGACUUCAAGAAACCAGAACUUCUUGAGGAAGUGUAUGUUCCAGUUUACCCUCAGCUUGAACAUACAAUUUGUAAGUCGGACAUUUCAUUGUGGCGCUAUUCGCAGAUACAUGUACGCUUGGCGUACCUAUUUUUAAAUGGUUAAAAUAACCAAAAAUCUUUAUUUCAAUCAACAAAUAAUUAAUUAAUAUGUUAAAAUAACAUAUUAUAGAUUGGUAGGUUAAAGUUAAUUCUCUUAACCUAUGGAAAUAACCUAUAUUUAUCGGGUUGUCCUAGACCAAACCAAAUAACUUUUUUUAACCUAUCAGUUUUUACAGUCUAGAAGAUAAAAAUUGUAAAGAAAGAUUUUCGAUGAUUUAUUCUCGAAAACACAAAUGUUAUCUCGUACACUAUCUCGUACACUUUCUAAAUCGACCAGUUGCGGGUUUCAAUUAAAAAAAUAUGUAUAACACGGCGCACUAGGGAUUUAUUUUAAAUUAGGCUACUACAUCAUGUCUUGUUUGAGUACGGCAAUCAGUUCGCUUGCGUUUCGGAUAUUUCGCCCACACUUACAAACUUGGUUGGAUAGUUCCGACGUAGAACUAACUUCGAUUCCUAAAUGAACUGAACACAAUUCGGCUUAUUUCGGCCACGGUUUUGCCACUGUUGUAAUCGUUUCUUUUGCUUGCCUUAAAUACAUUUUUAAAAAAUUCUCCGACGAUAUACCUUGUAUUCAUUUUGUCCAGGUUAUGCCACAACAAUCUGCAAAGCACAAGGCCAAACUCUUGAUAAAGCAGUGGUGUGGUUUGACAUAGACAACAUUCCACCUGGUACAGCAUAUGUUUUUUUCACAAGAGUGAGAUCGCGCAAUGACAUUUAUUUCAUGGCAAAGCUUGAACCUUGUUUUUUUUACUCCAGUAACACAAUUGAGUCAAUUAGCAUAA